AUGUCUCAGGCAAAUGGACCCGGAGAUGGAGCAGGCCAGCAAAAGGUGUUGGAGCAGGCCAGCCAGGCCAGCAGCAACAACAGCAACAGCAACAACAACAGCAACCUUCAGCAGCAGGCUGAGAGCUUUGUGGACCGCAUCGUGAAGCAACGGCUGGAGCAAGCUUUUACAAAUAUGUCUGGGAAGCUGGUUGAGUCCAGCGAACGAGCGGCCCGAGCUGCAGAACAGCAGGCUGGCAGCCAGCGGUCUGACAACAUGGUGCGCAGCUUGAAGGUGGAUGCAUGGAAGCCGCAGGGCAGAGAGGAGGAGCUGAGGACUUGGAGAGAGUGGAACAUCGACUUGGACACCGAGGUCGACCACGCCCUGCUGCCCGACGCAAUGGUGCAGAGGUCUCUUGAGCAAAGCAAGUCGGGCUACGAGGCGCAUGAGCACCUCAUCCGUUACGAGGAGGCCCUCCGUGCAUACGAGGCCGCGUCCGGGAAGGAGUUCAGCAAGGACCUGGUGUUGGCGACGGUCUUGACCGGGUUGUGGGAACCACUCAAGUCUCAGGUUCAGUUCCGCAUGGUACACCGGAUUCUCCAGUACGAGGCCCUGAACACUCCAUGGGGUACGGUGGCCGGGGGACAGUCAAAGGGCGGAGGAGGAAAGUUUGAUGAUGGAGGCCAGCAAGCCAUGGAAGUUGACCGCACAUGGGGCGGCAAAUCCAAAGGUAAGGAUGGCAAAGGCAAGAGAAGAAGGACGCCAAGGGCAAGUACGGGGUGCAGAUCCUCACGGUCGAGACAGGAGGCCAGCAAGAUCAUAUCGGAGCUCGACGAGGACUUGGGCGGGCCAAGGGAUGUGCUGGCCCUGUUCCACGUCGUCAAGGACAUCCUGUCCAAGCCGGCAAGAGUCUUCGAUAAUUCGGCCAAUGACCUUGCCGGCCCAUAUGUCCCGGCAGUCGAGGAGGCCUGUGACGAGCCUGACGGUGGCCUUGACCCAAGCGAGCGAAUGGCGGUGGAUGGCAGGGAGGUCGAGGAGCCUUCGGUCCCAGAAGGCGACCACCUGAAGGCGUGGCUCCCAGCGUUGACACGCCCCUGA